ACAGUUAAUCAGUUCAGUGGAUUUUAACCUUCAGUUUUCAACUCUACUCUGUUUCCAAAGGGCUCUGCAGAUUGACUCUUUCUCUCUCUCCUUGCUUUUCUAAAGUAAAGAAAUUCAUUUUAUGUGUGUGUGAAUAUGAAUGUGUGAGCCCACAGGCUUGGAAACAUGAGGCGUCUGUUGUUGCUGCUUCUGGGGCUCCUGAUCCUUCAUCGGGUUCGAUGCUUCGAGUUUGUGAUAGACGGAGAAUGGGAGGAAGAGGCGUCACAUCUUCACAACCAUCAAGAAAGGCAUAAGAGAGCGACAUUGACCAGCUCAGAGGAGGAAGACUUUGAGGCCAUCCGCGGAGAUGACAUCACCGUUAACAGUUACAAGAUGGAGAGCCGCAUCACGUCACGCUUUGCUCACACCACCGUCAGGAGCUCGGUGGUCAACUCAGGCUCCAAAGCUCAAAGCAUUGCCUUCAACGUGCAGAUCCCCAAACGUGCUUUUAUCUCCAACUUCACCAUGAAUGUGAAUGGCAUCACAUUUGUGGGCUCAGUGAAGAAGAAGACGGUGGCCAGGAACCUGUACGCCCAGGCCAGAUCGAGAAACAAGGCGGCGGCCAUCGUCAGGGCUAAUUCCCAGGACUUGGAGACCUUUAAAACCGAGGUCCAUGUUCCUCCUGGCAGUAACAUUGAGUUUGAGCUCCAUUACCAGGAGAUGAUGCAAAGGAGGCUGGGCUUCUAUGAGCAUUCGCUGUACCUGCAGCCUGGGAGGCUGGUGCCACAUUUCCAGGUGGACGUGUACAUCUUUGAGCCAAAAGGAAUUUCCACAGUACAAACACCAAAUAACCUUGGAGAGCAGUUUGGAGAGCUUUUUAAAGUAACAACUUCCAAAGAUAAGGCUCAUGUUGUCUUCAAACCCAGCUUACAACAGCAGAGAAAGUGUAACAACUGCACAGACAGCGCCAUAGACGGCGUCUUUACUGUGAAAUAUGAUGUAACCAGAGACAGCAAUGCUGGAGAACUGCAGGUUUCAGAUGGUCACUUUGUUCACUUCUUCGCUCCAUCCAACCUCUCUCCUCUUCCUAAAAACAUUGUGUUUGUCAUUGAUGUCAGCGGAUCCAUGUGGGGGGUCAAGAUGAAGCAAACAGUAGAGGCCAUGAAAGCUAUUUUGGAUGAUCUAACCAUGGAGGAUAACUUCAGCAUCAUAGACUUCAACCACAAUGUGCGCUGUUGGAGUGAAGAGCUUGUUCCUGGCUCAUCUAUUCAGAUUGCAGAGGCCAAGAAAUACAUCCAGAACAUCAAACCCAAUGGAGGCACCAACAUCAAUGAGGCGCUGGAGAGAGCAGUUAGCAUGUUAGUGAAGGCAUCCAACCAGGGGCUCAUCGACCCUCGUUCUGUCUCCAUGAUCAUUCUGGUGUCUGAUGGAGACCCCACUGUUGGAGAGAUUAGGCUCAGCUACAUCCAGAAAAAUGUGAAGCGAAACAUGAGAGAAGAGUUUUCGCUUUUCUCUCUGGGCAUCGGCUUCGACGUGGAUUAUGACUUCCUGGAACGUAUUGCUAUGGAGAACAGGGGCACGGCUCAAAGGAUCUAUGCCAACCAUGACGCUGCAGAGCAGCUACGGACAUUUUACAGGCAGGUGUCCUCUCCUCUGCUAAGGAGGAUCAACAUUCAGUUCCCGGAAAAUUCGGUCACAGACGUCACCCAGAACCGCUUUGAUAAGUACUUCAGCGGCUCGGAGCUGGUGGUGGCCGGGAGGGUGCUACUAGCGGAGAGCAACACACUGACUAGCUUCACCACUGCAUCAGCUGCCAGCCUGGACAUCAUCUUGGAGACAGUGGCAGAUGUGACAGAACUGGACAUGGAGCUAGCCAAACAGCAGCACUCAUUUACUGGCUUUGCCAGACAGAUGUGGGCUUACCUUACCAUCAAACAGCUCCUCAGUGAAAGGUCUCUAGCUCCAACAGCUGUCAAAAAGAGGAAGAUCACCGAGCGCAUCAUGACUCUGGCUGAGGAGCAUCAGUUUGUUACUCCACUCACCGCUCUGCUGGUGGAGAGCGAGGACGCCAAAGAGAGGUUGCUGGCUGACUCCCCGAAGGACCCAAAACAAGGCUGCUGUGCAGGAGGGGGAAUGAUUUCAGGGUCAACAAUAAGUGUCCGUGAGCCAGAGAAGUUGGUCUACCAGCCUCCACCCUGGGUCCAGGAGACCACUCCGGCCCCCCCAAGUCAAGUGGAGAAGGGUCCUCAGCAGGUUAUCUUAGUGGAUAACGACCCUCACUUCAUCAUCCACCUACCUGCAAGUAACAUGGAUGUGUGCUUCAACAUCGACUCCAAACCUGGUCACAUCCUCAACCUGGUGUCAGAUGUUGGAACAGGUGUCACAGUGAACGGUCAGUUAAUCAGCUCCAAGCAACUGAAAAAAAGCAAACUCAACACAUACUUUGGCACCAUCUCAGUCUACUACCAGCCAGAAGGAGUCAGCGUCACCAUCAGCACUAACGACAUCACCAUGACCGCUGGCAGAAACGACUACUCUUUCACUUGGGAGGCCACAGCUGAAAUCACACAGGAUGGGGUGAUGAUUUCCAUUGUGAAGAACUCCCAUGUCACCAUCACGGUUAAUAAUAAUAUCCGUGUGAUGGUGUUGCUUCACCGCGUGUGGAAGAAGCAUCCUGUCAACGUUGACUUCCUGGGCAUUUACAUGCCUAAUGAAAAUCAGUAUUCACCUCUGGUCCAUGGACUCAUAGGGCAGUUUUCUAGAGAGCCUGAAGUCAGCAUUUACGACAUCCACGAAGGAGCUGAUCCCCUGAAGAAGGAGGCCACCAUGGAGGUGAAGGGCAACAAGCUGCUUGUCACCAGGGGCUGGCAGAAGGACUACCGACGUGACAAGAAGCGUGGCACCAACAUCUACUGCUGGUUCAUUCACAACAGCGGGAAGGGAUUCAUUGACGGCCAUUACACCCAAUAUAUUGUGCCGAAUCUGAACAGCUUCCACCAGAUGCCCUGAGCGGCCAUGUGCAUGUUCCAGUUUCGAGUAAUGUUAUG